AUUUUAUUUCGGUUACAGCGACGUCAGUGGUUGGAGAAUGCUAUUACUGACAUGACAGUUAGUCCAGUUGAAAGAAUGAAGGCUUGCUUGCAAAUUCUGACUUCACCAGACAGUGAUGACAAGAAAAUUAUUGCAGCUAUAGAGGAAACAGCAGAAUGGUGUGAAACAAUAGACUUUGCUUCUGAUUUCUACAAGAUCGGUGGAUACCCAGUAAUUAAAGUAUUACUAAAACACAAGACACCAGAAGUUAGGUGGAGGACCCUGGAUUUGAUAGCAAUAUUGGUUCAGAACCACCCUUUCUGUCAGGUGAAAGCACUGGAAGAAAACUGGCUGACUCUGAUGCUAGAUAUUCUGGAUAAAGAUGAAGACCCAAAUGUGAAAAUAAAAGCUCUGUAUGCUAUAUCAUGCCUUUCAAGAGACAAUGUUGAAGCCCAGAAAAUCUUCGAAAGGCAUGAUGGUUUCUCUGUGCUGAUGAGGGCCAUGCAGACAGACAUAGAAAAACUAAGAAUCAAGGCAGCGUUUAUGCUAUCAGCAUUGUGUGCCAAGAGGCCAGAUUUUAAAGAUGUGAUGUGUGACACUGGAAUGAUUGACCAGUUAGUUGGAGUUUUAAGUGAGGAGCACAAUUCAUUUCACGAACACAACCUGUCAGCCCUUCUGGCUAUAGUAACGGACCAUCAGAGGGCUAUAGAGGAAUGCCAGAGGCCUGAACUGGAGCUGGAAAAGAAAUUACAGGAGCGGAUCAAGUUUCUGAAGGACAAGGAUGAAUUCAGGGAAGAAAGUCAUUAUGCGAAGGAGUUGCUGAGAAUAAUAUCAACUGAUGAUGAUGAACUUCAAAGGUGAAAA